CAAACAACAAAUCGUUUACAAAUCAAUUUUUAAAUAUGAAUGAAAAAAAAAUAGAAAAGAAAAGGAAUUUUUUGAAAUUAUGAAUAGAGUAAAGUCUAACCUAAGAGGAAAAUAUCAAAGUACACACAAGAGCAAUGAAGACGUGUUAUUAACUAUAAUACCGCCGUGGGAUAUAUGUCCAACUUUCGGUAUAAUGUGAGAAAGAGAAAAUAAGAGUGUGUCAGACAGUGAUAUGUGGGCAAAAGGAAAAGAGGCAAUACAGUCGAGAUUGAUUGGCACGAUGCAAGUCAAAUCAAGGGAGGGAAACAAUGCUUGCUCUUAUCCUUUCCCUUUUGUUUCUUACUUCUUUUUUUCCUCUCCUCUUUCUACCUUCCUCCAUUGUUCGAUGGACCAGGUACUCACUUUUAAUUUAGAUUUCCAUCGUACCCUUUGACGGAACUAAGAGAAAAGAUCGGAUCGAGAGAAUGUUACUUUCACGGAAGAUAAAAAAAAAGUAAAAGAGAGGGAGAGAAAGAGAGAGAGAGAGAGAGAGAGAGAGAGAGAGAGAGAGAGAGAGAGAGAGAGAGAGAGAGAUCUACAUAGUGUUAACAAGAAAAAGAAAAGGAUGAAGUUCCUUUCGUUAUUCUCUCAGGGAAUCCAAAGUCUAAUCGAUUUACUUGGCCAGACUCUGAUUACCCUGUUAUCCUCCUGGCAGACCAUAAUUCUCUCGUUAACUUCUAAUGAGCCCCAAUCUGUAUCGCGAGAGAGACCGUUCGUUCCAUCCAUCCCUACCAAUCGAUUUAAGCAUGCUCAAGCGAUUGCGCUUUAACCGCUAUACUCGUUUAUUCCUUGUUCAAGGAUUCUGAUCCAUUUUGAAAAGAUUGUUUCCAAGUCCUUAUCAGUCAACCAAAAUUUCUUUCUUUUUUUUUCCUUCCAUUAAUAUAAAAUACAGGUCGACUUAACUUACAGCGGAAUUAUGCAUAUGUAUUACAUAUUUUUAAAUCAUUUUUUUCUUCUUAAACGAACGAACUAAAUUUUAUAUCAAAUCUUAAUAUUAGUUAAUACAUCUUAGAAAUGUCUAUAAAAUCAAAAAUACUAUGGACGAACUAUAAAACGUUGUUGAAUAUUAUCUCCCAAUAUAAAUAAAUAUAUAUGUAUAUUAGAAAUAAUCGCAGUUUUGUGUAAACCUCCGGUUCGAGGAUAUCAGCUUUGACGCAGAUUGUUUAGAAUCUACGUGAGACUAAAGUCAAUACGAGUAACUCGAAAAAUAACAUUUUAUCUGAGAAGUCCUUUUACAAUCGGUAAAGAAAAGAAUGUUCAUAUAUGAAAAUUAUGCAAACUUAUUGAUGAUACAUGUGUUUCGUAUUCUUUCCGAGACAUUAAACAGCUAAAAAAAGACUACGUCCAAUGUUUCACGAGUUCGUUGUCGUGUGUGGUACAGGCAGAGAGAGAGAGAGAGAGAGAGAGAGAGAGAGAGAGAGAGAGAGAAAGAGAGAGAGAGAGAGAGAGAGAGAGAGAGAGAGAGACGUUGCUAUGGAGAGCAUGCGACGUUUACAAAGCGAGAAACUUGGCCCAUUUUAUGGUAAUUUCGCUAGAUCAUAGAGAGAGAAAGUAAGAAAACUAGAGAAAAGUAGAAAUAGAAAUAGAGAUAGAGAUAGCAAAAGAGAGAGAGAAAGAGAGAGAAGAGAUGAAAGACCCUUGGUAGAUGUUAGAAAGGCGAUACACUAUCGUCGUAGAUCCUAACAACCAACGGACGUAAGUAAUAAAUUUUAUUGAGCUGAUAAAUUGUCGCUCGCUUCGAGGAGGAAGAGGCGACGUUCAGUCCACUUCGUUUUAAUGGCCAAUUGUCGGGACACAACGGAGAAUUGCUCAAGUGCGUGUCCUAAGUAAAUAAUAAAAUCGUUUUAGAGGAUGGCAGGGACCCGUGCCGAGAACAAGAGAUAAAGAGAGAGAAAAGGAGCAAAAAAGAAACAGAGGGAAAGAGAGAGAGAGAGAGAGAGAGAGAGAGAGAGAGAGAGAAAGAGAUAAGAAAUCAUCUGGUUGCUCUACCAGACGACAAUUCUCUGUAGAAAACGUCGUUGUGCAAAUGAUAUUUGGGCGGUUCACGAACGAACAACCCUCUCAUUGUUAGACUCAUCUCUCUUUCUCUCUCUCUCUCUCUCUCUCUCUCUCUCUCUCUCUCUCUUUCUUUCUUUCUCUUUUUCUCUCUUUCUCUCUUAUCUUUUAGCUCGUAUAAUCGUUACUCUGCUUCGGAAUAUCUUGAGAAUGUUUUAAAAUUUAACAUCGAUGGAUUUCCUGCUAUAUCAAGCCAAAGAAUAUCGUCCUGCGUUCGUCGUUUUCUCAAACAAAAAGUCACUAAAGAAAAAAAAAAGAAGAAUCAUUUCGUAUUUAAGAAAAAUAAAAACACCUUUCUUUUUUAUCAUAUCGAUCCUGAAAAAAAAAAAUAAGAAAAAGAAAAAUCGAUAUUUCGACUGAAGAGAAAAAUUCCAGAUGAAAUUUCGAAAAGCUGCAUCAACGUCCAGUCCAAAAAUGGAAUUAUUAUCAAGACGAUCGACAACGAACGACGGCAGAAUGUCGACGUUGAAAAGAUCGAGAUCGUUUCGUGCUUCGGUAAAAUUGAUAUCGAAAAUCCGAAAUCGUGCGGCGUUCAGGCUUGCCUCGGGUUUUGAAAUAUCGCCUGUGUCCUCGAAGGAUCAAUAUAAAACGACACGUAUAUCCUCAAAGGAUCCCGAAAAAGUGAAACAGCAACAGGAAUUGCCUAGGACAUUUGUGAAUUCGAGAAAGAAUGAGAAAGAGAAGCCGAUCGAUAAGAGAAAUGAAAGAAAAAAGGACGAAGAUAUACCUCAGGAAGAUUUGCAAACGUUGUUAGAAACGAAUUCGUCGAUCGACGUCGUCGAGUCUCGCGAGAUUACGAAGGAUUUUGAGAAGAAGCUUUCUCUUAAUGACAGAAUAAACAUGAAAAACCGAAAAGAUCUUGAGAGAUCUUGGGAGGGUAAAAUAGAGGACGAAACUAAGUCGCCGAAAGUCGUACGUAUUUUUCGUCGAAAAAUUAUGACCGACGAAAGUUCGAAAAAGAAAGACGACCAAGCUGUGAAAGCUAAGGGAAAGCUAGAAAAGGACGAACACGGUUACGAGAAUCCUACGUUCUCUUUGGACAGUUCCCUUGACUCGAGUUUUGCUUCUGUUGAAAUCAACGUAAAAAAUGACGAACAAAUAACAUGUGAGGAACGAUAUGAAUGUGUAGUCGAAAAAACUAAUUUCGACGAGCAAAAACUCUUGAAAUCAUUACUUUCUAACAAAUCUGAUCUCAAGUACAUUAGAAGUUUUAGUAUGAGAGAAGAUAGAAGUUUCGUGAGAGAUAAAAGUCCAGGAUAUGAAAGGAACAAUCGACCAAGAACGAAUUUUUAUUCCGAGACCGAAAUCAAUGCCUCGUCAAGAUCGAAAGAAAAAUAUCAUCGUGAUCUUCGAUUAUGCAUCGAAAAUACGGACAGUGUUUGCCCUUCAAAAUCUUGCAGAAACAAGACUGUCGAUAAUUUAACUAACUUUUGGACGAAUGCUCGUGGUGGAAGUUUUCGUAGCAAAAUGUCCGCCAGUAAAAAGAAACUAGGAAAGGAGUCAAAGGAUCUAGAAUCAAUCGGACAGGAUCGAGUUCUCGUCACGACCACUUCCGGAUCAAAACUGCAAUCGCUACAAGGUAUGGAGUUCCUGGAAGGUUUUGGAAAAAAGAAGCAACAGCCACAGCAGCAUUCGAAUAAUUUGUCGUCGAUCCAUAUUAAUCCUCUCUCAGCACAAUCCCUCAACAUACAUUUGCAUGCUCUUUUUGCAGCCGUCGAACAUGGUCAUUUGGACAAAGCCAGAACAAUUUUGGAGUCGACCGACGUGGACGUAAACAGUGUAAAUAGCGACGGUUUAUCGCCAUUGGACGUCGCAGUGCUCAGCAACAACAGACCACUGGCGAAGAUGUUGGUCACGUUCGGCGCUCAGGAAGGCAACCAAUUCAAGUCACCGGAGUCCUUGGGCAGUCAUUUGGCGUCGUUACUGUCGGAAGCGGAACAUAGAGUCCAAGAACUCGGUGGCAGCACUUCCGGCAGCGGUGGUAGCACUCUUUUGGAACCACCGAGUAGCCACAGAGCCAGUUUCUCGACCCAGCAUAAUAAUCUUACGGGAUGCGGAGGCAGCACCGAAGACAAACAACUAGCUCUCUGGGAGAGGAGAGCUCGAGCACUGAGAAAGAUGUUGCUAGGUUUCGAUCAAGCAAGACCACCGGACAUGCCUUUCAUGGUCACAGUCGAUGUUACCGGAACGACCUCCGUAACAGUCAAAUUUCAAGAACCAGAUUCACAUGACUCUCCAAUUUGUACGAAAUUCAAAGUUCAGUGGAGUCUUAAGGAGGAUUUUUCUACUAUAUGUGGUGAAAGAGAGGUUCUGGAUAUGAAACAAAGGGAAUGCCGUAUCGACGGACUCAUUCAAGGACAAAAAUAUUAUUUCCGUGCGGCUGCGGGAAAUUUAAAAGGCUACAGCAGAUUUAGGAAUUCGGUUCCUGCUCAUGUCACUCCUAGUAGUUGGAGAGACGUUGAUGGCAGGGUACCAAGAUUUGCUGGACGUUUAGAACAAUUGAAUACUCUCUUUACCGAUAUAAGACGUCCGGAAUAUACGCACGAGACACCAGCAGUUCAAAGACGCAAUCAUAAAAAGAAAACGACGAUAAAGCAACUCUUUACCGCAACAAGCAAGUUUCAGAAGAAUCUGCGGCGUGGCGUGUUUCUUGCUUGUUUGCUUUAUCAUGAGGAUAAAGUUCUCGUCACCAAUGAAGACUUUUUACCUGUGAUCGAGGUCGAUGAAACCUAUCCUAGUUCUAUUUAUAACGAUUUUCAUUGGUUAAUGAAAGUUGCAUGCACGUGGGACGACGUAAAGACUCUCCGGCAAGAUAUGGAGAAAAGUCACAGCAGUUCAACUAAUCACUUUAGGAUAAAAUUGCUCCAGGCUGCUGCACAAAUGCAGGCUGCACUGUGUAUACAAGAUCUUGGCCAGUUAUACCAUAAACCGAUAAGAGACAUUCAAGGAACCCUUGUAUUUGCAACCGUGAACUACGUUAAAUCACCAAAACUCGUAUCAGUCUUAAAUAGUAGAUGGCUUCCUUUGAGUAAAGUCACUAAAAAAAUUAUAAUUCACGAAGAUAGCAACGUGGCGGAUAUUUUGAUGGCCAGUAUACAAGAACAAAUGACAUAUCACCAAGUCAGUAGUAUCAAAUUAUCAAGGGGUUUAUACCUUGGUUACUUAAAAAUGCAAAGUAGUGUGGAUCUUAUACAACUGGUUGUACCAGCAAAGUCACCUAAUGUUUUGCCACAUUGUAAAAUACGUGACAACCCUCAUGUAUCCGCGGAGGAAUGGGAUUAUCUAAAGAGGAUAACUCGUAUUUAUGCCUCCGACAGUUCUGUCAAAGAUUCAGAGGAGAAAGAGAAUGUAACGAACGAAUGUCAGGGUACAGAACAACAGAAAUUAUUCGUCGAUUUGGUCUCCGCAACAUCACGUCGUCUCUUUAAUUAUAUGGAAAUUAAUCCAGAGGAUUCUUUAGUACAUCGACUUUAUGAUGCUGAAGUUAUAGAUCUCACGCACGAUGUGUCAUUUCUUAUUACCGUACCUCCUGCAGAAACAGCGUGUUGUGUACCCGGAACAAGAGAAAUUCUUUUACAACGAGGAGAUUUACUUUCCUUGCCUAUUCAAGUAUUCGAAAUGGUUCACUUAAAUACAUACCAAAAGGACGUGAUUAAUCGAUAUUCAAGGCUAAGUUGUAUAUUGGAAUUAGACACCGCACAAGCUCAGCAUAAUCAUAGAGAAGCUUUUAGCUCUUUAGAACUAAGCGUAGCAAAAGAUAAACUUGCGAGGUUACAAGAUCUACAAUCUCAGGUAAACACAGUAUGGAAGGGUGCUAGAUGGCUUAUCGACGUCAUCACUUUUGCAAGAGACCGUGGAUCUGGACAACAAAGCGGUACAUCACAAACUGUUGGCAUAUCUAUGAAACAUCUAUUAGGUCUAGACAGAAAUAAAAGUAACAGCAACAGUUUAAAAAGAAGUCUUCUUCAGUUACCACCUCGGGAUCCUAAACUUGUCAAAUCGAGUCCAGGACGUGGAAGUUGGCCAGGUCCGAAUGUUACAAAUUCCUCUUCCAAUUUGCUUACAACCGAAUUUAGCAAAAGCGAACAACAAUUACCUAGUGCUCAAUACGUACGGAAGGGCAGUAACGUUUCAACAAAUUCAGAACCUCAAAAAUCGUCCGUUACUAUAAGUAGUGCUAGUAAUUUGACCAAUACUAAGAACGUUAGCAGUAACAACCAUUUAGUACCUAUGCAGAAUGUACGGCUUCCACCUUCGAAAUCUGAGGACACCCUUUUACUUACUAAGUACAAACACAGUCCUAGAAAUCGUUCGGCCACCAUCACUUCUGCAUCGGCAAGUACCAGUCCAUUACUUAAUAUAAAACCGAUUAUCUAUGGUGGAUCGCUUUUAAGCGUAUCAACGGCUAUGACCAACACCAACACGAGUCUCCUCAGUGUUAGUAACACAAAUUCCGACAGUCUUCAUUCUCUAAGUAGCGACGAAUAUUCAACUCCAAAUUCGAGUAUUUGCUUAAAACCAGGACAUAUAAAAGUCAAAACGACAAAAUCAACGGCUAGUUUAGCAAACAUGGCUACUUCAGUAGGGGAUAAUCAAUCGGAAGAAGAAAAAGACGAAGCAACGAUGAUGCCAGCACCUCUACCUGGUAUUCUUCAGGUUUAUGCGGCCUAUGAAACUGGUUUGGCCUCUGGUACCAGUUUAAAAUUACAUGUAACACCACGAACCACAGCAAGAGAAGUUGUAGAUCUUGUUGUCAAGCAAUUAAAUAUGGCUGUAGUCUUAAAGGGUCAAGAUGGGCCUAUUUACACAGUCGAUGAAUUACCAAAUUUUUGCCUAGUUGCUGUAAUUGGUGCGAGGGAACGUUGUUUAAGGGAUGAUUUUAAACCCCUCCAACUACAAAAUCCGUGGAAAAAGGGGCGUUUGUAUGUUAGACAAAAACAAGAUGUUCUUGCUGCUCUCGAACAUAGUAGCAAGCAUACAGCCUAUUUAUAGCAAAAAUAUGAUAAAACAUCUUAAAAUUAUAAUUUGUGAUCUGUAGUUUUCAAAAUAUGGCAUAGUGAUAACUAUUAAUAAGUUUGAGAAUGUAAAAUCACAUUGGGUAUCGAAUGAAAAUUGUCAUACGAUAAAUCGAAAGUUUUAUUUUAUAGGACUUGAUGUUUCUAAAAAUUGGUCUUAAUAUUAAAAAUAUAAUUUAUUACACGUAUAAAAAAAUCGGGAGAAAUUGUUUUCCUCAUUUCAUGUAAAGUGAACUAGCUUUACUUAGAUUAUAAAGUGAUAUUUGACGUGAAAAAACGUCGUAGGUCAUAUUCUAUAAUCUAUAUAAUAUAAAAGGUUUCUCGUCGUAAAUAAUUGCACUAGAUGAUCGGUGAACUCGAAUAAUUUUCUGUAUCUAGAAUUGUACAUUCCAAGUUUUAAUGCCGCGAUCAAAUGCGAUCUGUAAUAUUCCGCGAAUAUUAAUUAGUUUGUAAAAAAAAAUUAAUACACAAGAUAUAUUAUACAUUAUUAUUAUAUUUUAGGUACCGAUCUCAAUGUUUUGUCCGAUAUGCGCGUCAUUAUCAGUGUGUCAAAUGUUUCAGAGAUGUCGUCGUUCCUGAACUCUUAAUGAUAACUUUUAUGUCCGUAUAAAUAAAUAAUCGUAUGUAACUUUGAUAAAUUUCAACUUAACGUUUGUAAAAAUUAAUUAAAUAUAGCAUAAAAAAAUAGUUACAAUGCUUAACUGCAUUUUUAAUAGCUAUUUAUUAAUGAUAUAUCAAAAAUGAAAUAUAACAUAUUAAGAGUAUUAAUUUCUUUUUAAUAUGCUUUAUAAUAUUUUUUUAUUUAAAGGCUUUCAAAAUGAUAAUACAAAAAGUUCCUAAGGUUCCCCAAUAUUAUCGAAAAGAAAUUAAAUUAUUACUGUACUGAAUUCGUUGCUAGGAACGAUAGAAAUAUCUCUGCGAAGAAGUAAAAUCAACAUCGGUGCUCAUUUAAAAGAUGAUUUGAUUUUAUGAAGGAUGACAAAGAUUGAAUGAAAGUUGUUUGCAAUUAAUAGUGCGUUUGUGACAAAGAGGCUUAUAGACUGUGCUGUAAAAUAGAAACAAAUAUUAUUAUUUUUAUUUCGAAUGCUAUUACAUGGGAAGAGAGUGUGCGUCAGUAAACAUAAGUAUAAAACUUAAUUUUUUUUGGAUUUGAGGUAUACUUAAGUUUAAACAAAUUAUAUCCAAAGUUCUCACUAUAUUGCUGUUAAUCAUCAGAAUUUUUUGAUGAUAUUAAAUAAGAAAUUCAUUCUAAUAAUAAAAUUGAGAAAUUCACUAUAUUGUCAGUGCAUUUUUCAAUCAAUAUUUAAAAUACGAAUAUGAAAUUUUAAUAAUCAAUAAAAACUUAAUAUAUUGUGUCAACACAUUGUAUCUAUAUCAGAGAUGGGAAUUCUUAUGUAUCCUAAUCAUAAGCAACAACUAUUUUAAAUUGCAUCCCAAGUAAAUAGCACAGUACAAUUAUUUUUAAUCGUCUAUACCAAAAUUUAAAUUAUACCUUCUUGAUUAUAUUUUCACAUAAUAAAAUUGAUGUAUUUUAUACUUUUGAUGCUGAUAUAGGUUCUCUCACUUCUGAUUUAUAAACUGUAUAAAGUGAUACUCUGAUAACACAAUAUGACUGCACAAUAUUUAAAAAGUUUAAAAAGAAUUUUAGAAUACCUUCCUACAUAAACUAACAAUCAAAAUUCAAGGAAUAUUUUGUAAACAUUAUAUGAUUUUUAAUUUCAUUUUAUGCUAUAGCGUAACAUAUUCUUUUAAGAUUUUAAUCCAUAUAUAUAUUUCAAAAAGGAAUAUUAAAUAUUAAAUAUUAAAUAUUAAAUAUUAAUAAGAUCCGUCCUUCGCUUACUGCACAUUAUAUUUACUUAGAAAGUAUCAUUCAGAAUGAAUAAAUAUUUCAUAUUUAUUGUGCAGUAUAUAUUGUACGCAGAGGGGCCACUUACGUUUAACAAAAAUCUACGAUGCACAUAUUUUUUUAUCGGAAAAAUUGACAUUCUUACUAUAUAACUUAAGAAUGCUUUACAAAGAUGAAACAGCGAGUAAUUGAGACAGGAUGAUGCAAAAUUUUAUUAGCUCUGAAUGUUUAUUGAUGUUAAAUGUAAAAUAAGUAUUAAUUAGAUAGAUGUUAUUAUACAGAAAAGAGAAAAGAGAAAAAGGAAAGAUAAAAACAAGUAAGCGACAAAGGAAAGAAAGAGAGGAAAACCAAAAAAAUAUGUUAUGUUCAAAUAAGUUAUAGAAAUAAAGGUUUUCCUUUAUUAUAAGGAAAUAGAAUUAUAAGGAAAUAGAGAAAAAGUAAUUAAGGAUAUUAGAAUUUGUAAAUACAUUAGAGUAUAGAAAGACGAUGACGAUAAGACACGCAAACUAACGAGAUUAUUUUAUCUGAAAGCGUAUAUUUAUCAUGAUGUAUCUAUAUAAUUGCGCCUACUAAAAAAGCGAAGAUGAAAGGUACACAUAAAAUAAUAAUCGAAAAAUACAAUAAUCGCCGUUCCCUUCGCACCAAGAAAAACGAAAAAAAGAAAAAAGAGAAAAACAGAAAAUUAUAAGAUUAAAGAAAGUUGAAAAAGCGCGUAUACAAGUAUACAAAUAAUUGUGGUGAAAUAUUAAGGAAAUAACAAAUUUGAUGUUUGUAUAGGAAACAAA